CCCCUUCUCUGUUCUGCAAUUUAAAAUUUUUCAUUGAAACCACCGGUCAUCACGGGUUUCACAUGGUGGCGCACGCCUUUAAUCCCAGCAUUGGGAGGCAGAGCCUGGCGGAUCUCGGAGUCCGAGACCAGCCUGGUCUACAAAGUGAGUUCCAGGACAGCCAGGGUUAUGCUGAGAAACCCUCUCUCAAAAAACUGAAAAAUACCUCUUUCCUUUCUGCCACGGCCUUGCCAUCCAGACUGAGGAAGACCCGGAAACUCCGGGGCCACGUGAGCCACGGCCACGGCCGCAUCGGUAAGCUCCACAGUCACCCAGAAGGCCGCGGGAAGGCUGGAGGGGUGUGUCACCGCAGGAUCCGCUUUGACAAAUAUCAUCCAGGUUACUUGGGGAAAGCUUGUCUGAGGCAUUACCACUUGAAGAGGAACCAGAGCUUCUGCCCGACUGUCAACCUGGAUAAAUUGUGGACGUUGGUCAGCGAGCAGACCCUAGUCAAUGCAGCGACAAACAAGACUGGAGCUGCUCCAAUCACUGAUGUUGUUAGAUCGGGCUACUACAGAGUUCUGGGCAAGGGCGAGCUCCGUAAGCAACCUGUCAUCGUGACGGCCACAUUCUCCAGCGGGAGACCUGAAGAGAAGAUGAACAGUGUUGGAGGUACCUGUGUUGCUAACAUUUAAAAGCAAAAACAAA